UUGCCCUACCUAGAGGAUGGAGACAGGACAGUAGUCCAAAGCAAUGCCAUAUUGAGAUACAUCGCCCGCAAGCACAACCUCUGUGGGGAAACUGAAGAGGAGCAGAUGAGAGUUGACAUCUUGGAAAACCAGGUCGAUGGAUUUCCGCAAUGGUUUUGCCCAGCUCUGCUAUGGAGACUUUGACAAAAACAAACCAUGUUACAAUGAGAAAUUGCCAGGAACUCUAAAGCAGUUUUCUGACUUCCUUGGUAACAGGAAGUGGUUUGCUGGGGACAAGAUCACAUUUGUGGACUUCAUCAUGUAUGAGCUGUUGGAUUUGCAUCGUAUGUUUCACCCGGAGUGCCUGGACGAUUACAGAAACCUGAGAUCUUUCCUGGAUCACUUUGAGAGCCUUGAGAAGAUUGCAGAGUACAUGAAGUCGGGCAAGUUCAUAAAAACACCUGUGAACAACAAGAUGGCCAAAUGGGGAAAAUGAAGGAGUGAAAAUAAUGAGAUUUUGUCUUGAUUUAUUUUUUUGGUACAACAUUUUAACCUUCCCAAUAAAAAAAAAAA